CUCCUUCCGUUUCUAGUCUUCUCUGCUUUCACGAAACAUAAACGUUACAGAGUCAGAGACCAAAUCAAAGCCACCAGAGGAAACAACCCAGUAGCUGUUUACUUUGAUCAAAAACACUGAUUCCCUGAACCAAGGGCUUCUCUGUUGGUUUGUGAAGGCGGUGGGUUGAGGGGUGUGUGUCUUUGAAAUGGUUGGGAAAGAAAACCUCAAGACUGAAGACUUGAACCUGUUGUUUGAGAAGCUGAUGAUGAUUGGUGGUGGCCAAGUGAAAAUGGAAGGGAGGGUUAUUACUGAUUGGAAGGAUAUUCCGAUGGAGCUUUUGCUGCAGAUUCUGACACUUGUGGAUGAUCGGACGGUGAUCACAGCUUCUGGAGUCUGUCGUGGUUGGAGAGAUGCUAUUUGCUUGGGCCUCACUCGGCUCUCCCUCUCAUGGUGUAACAAGAACAUGAACAACUUGGUCCUAUCUCUUGCUCCUAAGUUUACAAGGUUGCAAACUCUAAUACUACGUCAGGAUAAACCCCAACUUGAAGACAAUGCUGUUGAAAGCAUUGCAAACUUCUGUCAUGAUCUGCAGGUCCUGGACCUUAGCAAAAGCUUCAAGCUCACUGAUCGCUCCCUGUAUGCCUUAGCUCAUGGGUGUCCUAAUCUUAUGAGACUCAACAUCAGCGGUUGUUCUGCAUUCAGUGACAUUGCUCUUGAAUAUCUGGCUGGCUUUUGCCCAAAAAUGAAAGUAUUAAAUCUGUGUGGAUGUUCCAGGGCUGCAUCAGAUAGGGCAUUGCAGGCUAUUGGGCGUUACUGCAGUGAGUUGCAGUGUCUGAAUCUUGGUUGGUGUGAGGAAGUCGGUGAUGUCGGAGUUAUGAGUUUGGCAUAUGGAUGCCCUGACCUAAGAACUGUCGACUUGUGCGGCUGUGUCCAAAUAACAGAUGACAGUGUGGUUGCUUUGGCAAACAAAUGCCCUCAUCUGAGAUCCCUCGGCCUUUACUAUUGUCAAAACAUUACAGACAAGGCAAUGUACUCUUUGGCCCAGAGUCUUGCCGCAAUGUGGGAAACCAGGAAAAGCAAGAACGAUGAGGAAGGGCUCAAGACUCUCAAUAUCAGCCAGUGCACAGCCCUCACCCCUGAUGCUGUUCAGGCAGUGUGCGACUCCUUUCCAUCACUUCAUACCUGCUCUGGAAGGCACUCUCUCAUCAUGAGUGGCUGUUUGAACUUGACAUCUGUGCAUUGUGCAUGUGCUGUCCAGGCGCACCGCGCUGCUGCUGCCUACCCUCACUCAGCUCAUUGAGUUGGGGACUGAGGACUUUCAGUGAGCUUGAGAGGCUGAAACACUGAGCUCAGUACAUAUGUUGUUUAUGUUGAGAUGUAAAAAGAUUGGCUGCAAAUGGGCAGCAGCCAUUUGUUUAAAGCAACGGACUUUCAGAAUUGCCUUAAACUUGUUCCACCAGCUUUUAAUUAUGAAUAAUGCAGCGUGCCAUUGAAAAGACAAAAUUUGGUUUCAACAUUUGUCUUGGUCUUUGGUCUUUCUCA